AUGGAGGACACAGCCGAGCCAGUGCCAACGGGUAUCUCAGAUAUGACAUUGGCAACUGAUGAAGCAAGUGAUCAAGGAUUUCCUCCAUUAAUGCCAACAGGUGAUAGUCAUUUGCCGAAUGACGGACUGGCAAUCAUGUCACAUGAUGCAGCGCACUCUCCGAUUGAUUCGUUGCUUAGGGAACGUGUCCCUACUACGCCAGUAUCUAUUGCACCUGUUACUCCGGUAGGAAUACCUGGACCAUUGGCUCAUGCUACGGGCGUGCCCAGCCCAUCAACACCAAUCUAUUCACCUCACUAUCAUCAAGCAAGCGUCACCCAGAACCUUCAGGUUGUCGAUGCCAGGCAUUUGACGAUUAAUCAGGACGCAUCCCCGAUGGUCGCCUUUGCCGCCGAGGCACGACACAAUCAGAUUAUCGGCGAAUUGGGAGCAGAACAUCAGGAGCAGCUCCGUGCAUUGUACAAUAGUGGGCUUGCAGAGGUGACCAAGUUGAGGAACGAAUUAGGCAAUGCUAACAUUGCGUUGUCGAUUCAGAGGUCUGAAAUGGGUCAAGGUGAAGUUCGUUUCCAGCAAACCGAAAGCGCGAGGGAACUCGCUGUCCUUGAAGCCAAUCGGCAAGCGGAAGCUGCCCGUAGAGCUUUAGAGGAAGCUAACAGCAAUGCUAAGCGACUUCGCGAAGUGGAAACUUCUGCCCGUCAGAAUGAUGCGAUGCGAUCCCAUGAGGUCGCUGAUAUGUCAUCUCGGAUGGAUGAACUGAUGAGGCAGCUUCACGCCCAGCGCCAGCAGACUGAGGUAUUGAUUCAGCAGAAUAAUGCAUUAAGCUCCAGGGUUCGAGAUUUCGAAGCUAGAGAUGCUGCUUUGAAGAUUCAAGAGGGAAUUCCACAAGGACCUCCACCCGGCAUUCCUGUACAUCCCAUUUCCACACCUAAGCAUGGAGCAAUUCGUUUCGACGAUAAUCCGAUGCUCAUCAACAUCCCACCUGACGGAAAGAUGUUGCCGACGGAACCCGAGACACGGAGGUACUUGAAGUCCUUCGGUGGGGAACCUCCUAGACCCAGUCAACAGGAUGUCAAAGACGCACUGACGACUGCCAGGAUGCUUAAAGCAACUCUGGAUGCAUAUGGUUCCGGGAUAAGGGCUAAGUGCGGUUAUGAGUGUGACACGGAGUUCGGUUGCGACAAGUGCAUUCCGAAACACAUUGAAGCUACCUGUGUUGCAGCUACCAAAGCGGAAGCCCAGCAGCUCGACAUCGAGUGGAUCGCGGAUACCGGUAGCGCCCAGGACCUGGUAUCACAGGGGGAUCUCGGAUCUUUGAGAAGCCAUCGUUCCCAAAACCCUAUCGGUAUUGUGACGGCUAAUGGGCCUAGCACUGCUGAGAUUCAGUCCAACAUCGCAGAUUACGUCCCCUACCUCAAAUCGUGGAAGGAAGGUGUGGCGGUACCUGCGAGGCGGAAGCCCCAGCCUAAUGAAGAUCAUAAGACUGAUCUGGUUCUUUCGCUGGAAGAGGCUGAGGAAUAUGCAAGGGAACUUCGGAUCAACGGCGACUUUCGUCUGGGAUCGUGUUACAAACUUUUGAAAUUGACACCAUUCAAGUCAACAGGGAAUUCGAGGAGAAUGAAAGCUACUGAGAACAACGACUCGGUUGAAGAUGAAGUUGGCAGGGACUACAUAAUCAUCGGCGCUUGGAUUUUCAGCGGGAUGACUGGGAUUACAAAUUCUGUAGAUCGUCAUGCUCAGCUGACCAAGUACCUGAUCGCCUUCAUGAAGUCAAGAGGGUUGAAAGAUACCUUUACGUCCAUCUGCAUCAACCAUGGUGGCAAUCGCCGGGUGCAUCGAGACUUAUUGAAUCAUGAUAACUCGCUCAAUCACACUCUAGGCGUUGGAAGCUAUCAAGGUGGUUCCGUAUGGGUUGAGCGGAAAGACAACUUUCCCGUAUUUCGCAGAGAAGGUGUAGCUGGUGGGAAAUCAAAGUGCGUCAAGGUUACGGGGGGACUUGAAGUCGACGGAAGAGUAUAUGACACUCAUGAUCGGAUGUUAUCCUUCCACCCCAAGCUUUGGCAUCAGGCACAGCCUUGGACAGGUGAUCGAUGGACCAUCACUGCAUACACGAUUCGGGAUGUAGACGGUUUGAGCUGGGAACAUUCAAAGUCGCUAAUGUCGCUUGGGUUUCAGUUGAAUUCAUCAAGGCGAUUACCAUUUGUUCCAUCAUUGAUUACCGGCGACAGCGAUGAAGAGCUCACGCUAUACGACUUCGUGAAGAAGAAGAGAGCUGAAGCCGAGAAAGAUAAGGAGCAUUUCGAUGAAGCCGGGGAGUUGAAAAAUGCUGAGGAUCAGCCACCUCCUCCUCCUGAUUAUACGGAGUACUUUCCUGAUGAAGGUGUUAUUGUUCGCCAUCAUAUGCAGCCUCGCAAAGCUAAGUAUGCUGUUAGCGCUGCGGAAGCAGACGUCUUGAACAUCGGCGACCUGCGGUUAACCGAGCGUCAGCUUCUUGGAAGUACUUCUUCAGAAGAACAAUGGGAUGAUGGUUUCCGGGGGGGUAAAGCUUCGGGACUUUGGACGGGAACCACUUAUUUGUUUGAUCGUGGUAUUGACAAGCAUCAUGCCCUAGCUGCUGUUAAGCGCAUUCGUGACAAGAACACAGCCAAGAAGGAAGCUAGGAAACAGGCUUUCUAUGACAUCAGCCAAUUGUCUAGCGGCACUGGAUGCAUGAAACAACCCGUCAACAUCAUCGAGUAUGACAUGAAGUCUUUUCUUGAACAAGCUGUACAAAAGUACAAAGACCUUGCUGGCCCCAAGUACCACACCCUCAAGUCAGCCUCUACUCCAUUCGCCGACGAGAAGAUCGCGAGGCCCAUCGAUGAUGAGGCCGAGGCAAAGGGUGAAUUGAAGAGGAUCGAGCCCGAGAGCAACGGGGUUCUCAUCGAAUGGGGACACGAUCCGUCGUUCUCUCUGCUCGGAAGGGCAGACGAUAGUGGUAGCGGUAGCCCAACUGUUGCUCGGGUCACUCACAACAUGGACCUUAACAGUACUCAGACGAGUAGGGACUUGCUCAAAGUUGUCAAAGGCUAUGCCAAGUCGAAUGUUCCCAUUACCGUUUGGGUUGACCUGCGCUUUGCGGGGGGUCCUGAUGAUCGCAAACACUUUGGCAAGCUAUGGUCUUCUUUCGUCAACUUAAGCACCGGAUUGGAUUUGAAUAACUGCCAUUACGUCGUGAUUGCUCCCUGGGAUCAUUUCUCAUGGAAGAUGGAUCGAGUUGUCAGGUGGUGUUCCAAUCACGAGUGUACGAGUUUUGAACUUCUUGAUGGCGAAAGAUCAGGCAAUUUAGGUCAUUGGAGAUUGCAUACUUCCUACAAGAAUUUGCCAAUUGAAGUGAUGAACUAUUUUCAUGGCUGUAAGCUCAAGAACAUUUCAGAGCCACAAUUUCCUGUUCGACAAGCUGCUGUUGCGGUACAAGUUACUCUGAGCGAAGAUCCAAUAGGAAGCGCAGCAGUGAUGGCAUCCUCUUUGCCCACCGUUUCUCUGGAGGAGCGUCGUCGACGCAUCGAGGCUUUUCGAAGGGCUCUCAAAGACCCUAAUUGCCUCGCGGAAGCGAUGGCCUUCGAGGAACCGGCAUAUUUUAAGGAUGCCUAUGGCGUUGUGAAGGAGGCGUACCAGUACAAGCUGGUGGAGCCUGCGGAGUCUGAUCCGCCAGAGGCCAUUUUCCUCGGCCGUAUCCGAAACGGCGAGUGGAUUGGUCUGCGGAAGCAGUACCCCUACGCAGGUUUUCCCCUCCUGUACGAGAUGUGGCACCGCCAUUUCAACAGCCCGGCUCAUCAGGGAAUGCCGAUUGAGGGCUUCGAGCUCCAUGGCGAUUCCCUCCUGACGGAGUGGACAGAACUUGUCAAAGCUUAUCUCCGCGACCUGGCUUAUGUGGGGCAUGCCACAAACGCCGAACGGGCUCUCAAGGCCACUGAGCCGUUUGAUGUCUGUCACAGAGCGUAUGUGCUAUCCCAGGAAACCCUGGGCUACCACGAGUUAAUGCCAGCUGCCACGGCGUUGUUAGACUCGGUGUAUACUCCAGCCCUCCGAAGAAUCGAGCAUCAAGAGCAACCAAGCUCGUAUUUUAUUAUCGGAGGAGAUAGCUCUCUCGCAUUGGUGACCCGAGGCGACGGUGGACGCGUCCUGAUGAAGGGGACGAUGGAACCGUCACUCCGGGAGCAGAUGACCAAGGACAUCCGCAUGGAUGGAUGUUCGGUCGUCAUGCGCUGGGGGAAAGGACUUGCAGAAUGA